AUAAUCCAAAUAUCGAGUUUAUCGAUUAGGCUGUGUUCCUUAUGAACCAGUAGGCUUGAUCCUCUGGGAUUAAGAGAGGUUUACCUCAAGUUAUCUAUCCAAUCCUGUUAUGUCCAUCUAGGUACAUAACAAUUGGUAUCAGAUUCACGAUCCUGCAUACCUGAUUCAUGAUGGGAAGAGGUGAUCCAACACUACAGGAGGUUUCUGCUCAGCAACAACUUCAGGGUGGACGAUUAUCAGUGUUAGAAAAUCAUAUAAAAGAUAUCAAGAUCAAUUUGAGUUCGAUCCAGGAAACUCUGAAUCAAAUACUGGGUCGUCUUCCAAUGUCAGCAGUUUCGUCUCCAAAUUCUCCACCAGUUCCUGGUUCUAUAAAUGAAGAUUCCAAUAAAGUUCCAAUUCCUACUAACUCAAUUGGAGAUUUCACUGUUUUUUCAUCUGAGAUAACAACAUCAAUUGCAACUGGUGUUGAUGACGAAAAAGAUUCUCUCAAUUUCGAAUUGAUCCCUCCAUUUUUCUUCAUCGAGAAAGAAGAUGUUGAUUCGCUUCAUGGUGUGAGGCUACAAUUUGAAGAACAUUCAAAAUUAGAGACCAAUGGCUUCUCUGGGUUGAAUCAAAUCAAAAUUGGUGAGGUGACAGAUUCUGCCCUAGAAUUUUACUUCAACAAGUUUGAGGAGAAGUUCGAAAAUCAUGAAUACUUCAAGGAGUUAUUGUCCAUUUUCUACAUCAAAUUAAACUGCGUGGCUUGUUCUUCUUCUCUCCUUAAUGCCACUCGCUCCUUAUUUGAUCGAGGACACACAUGGGGUGAAUUGUGGAUGAGGGGCGUAAUGCAAGAACAUUUUAUGUGUUACGGUUGCUAUUCGGUUUUUAUUCUUAGCACGCAAUAUUCACAGCCACUUCCGUUCAAUACUCCAACUAUCUUGGGUGAGACUGGUGUAGGUGGUAAGCUGCAAGAAUGCCUACUUCAAGAAUGCAACGCAAGAAAUCAGAAUUUCACCAAGGUAUACUUCUUCAAAUACAUAAUUCGUAUUGCUUCAAUAUGUGCCAGUUUACCUACUGCUGAGUAUAUUCGCCUCAUCUUUGAUCGUGGUAAAGAAAUUGAACCUAUUGAGUGGUGGUGUGUUUAUGAUAGACAUAUUUCCAAAUUCCACCUUACUUCUUGUUUGCUUGUGAGUAAUGGGUUGAAUUUCACGGAUGCUUGUGCUGGCGAAUAUGCUCCUGAGAUGAUUUCGGAGUUUAGGUACCAUUUAAUUCUGUUCCUUGGAGUCUUGCAUGUGCUUGAGUUUGUUAUAACUGGAGAAAGGUAUGAUGCUAGUCAGCUGGUUAAUGAAAUGCCAGAGCAAUCUAUUUCGAUACUACUACAAAUGACAAGGCAAAAGGGAAUUGGCGGUGCACCAGAACCAGAUGUACAUUUGCUUAUCAAAGUUAUUAGCUUGGUUCACUUGAUGACCCUUUACAAGCACAACACCGUUAGUAGAUUUUCAUCUACAAUCUACACUAGUCCAUCACUGCUCUUACUGUUGCUACCACAGAUGUCUCCGGUUAAGGGGUCUACUCCCUGUCAGUUUCUGGUAAUUAUACAUGGAAUGGAGAUGCUACACCAGUCAAUCUCACCUAAGGCCAACGCUGAUAUGAAUGGGGGUGUUGCUACGAGUACUUAUCCAGCUGGAGGUGUCGAUGAUUCUGGGCCUGCAGUUUACCAUGGACAACUCAGCACAACCAGGUUCAGGUCAAUGUGUGGACUUUACAGAAAGAACUCCUACCUUGGCAUUUCCUUGCUGUGUGUUUUGCAGACAGUAGGCAUGUUCUCGCGACUAUCAUCUCCUUCACUCGCUAUUUUGGAAGCUGCGGCCUCGGAUACUUACCAACAUGUACCUGCACAAGAGAGGAGAGUCCUGACAACCCCGUUCACAUCCUUGAGGACAAGGAUGUUCCCAAGGAGUAGGGAAUGUCAUGUACCUGCACAAGAGAGUAGAGUGGCCCUUAUCGUAAUCAGGGUGGUAGUUAGUAUUUAAUAUUAAUUGUUGUUAGUAGUUAAUUAAAAAUGAUUAUUAGUUAAUGAUAGUUGUAAUGGAUGGUUGGGAUGUAACCAUCUGUGUAGCUUAGUGAUCGUUAGAUCUAGUUAGGGACGCCUAGCUAUAAAGAGUGAGAGUCUGUAAUGAAAUUCUCAAUCAAUUCAUAAUCCAAAUAUCGAGUUUAUCGAUUA